AUUUUUACUUUCAAAACUCUGCAAAUUGCAGACGAUACAGUUGAUAAACGUUUACUUCACUAACAUUAUGACGUUUAUGACGUUUAACAUGACGUAUUACAAAAAUUUACACGAGGUUAAGUGCUCGUGGUUGUUGGUCAACUUUGACAUUUCGGUUUACGGACUACCAUGUGUAAACCUAAAUUUAUUAUUAUUAAAAAUGUUGUAUUUAAUCGGUCUUGGUCUUGGUGAUGUGAAAGAUAUUAGUGUGAAAGGAUUGGAAAUUGUCAAACACGCAAAAGAAGUCUAUCUUGAAUCUUAUACUUCGAUUCUUACCGUGGGUAAAGACGCCUUGGAAGAAUAUUAUGGACGAAAUGUGGUUUUAGCUGAUCGUGAUACAGUUGAAGAAAAUUCAGAUCUGAUAUUAUCAAAUGCCAAGAGUUAUGAUGUUGCUUUCCUUGUUGUUGGGGAUCCGCUGGGGGCGACGACACACUCCGAUUUAAUUCUGCGGGCCAGAAAGAAAAAUAUCAACUAUAAAAUUGUUCACAAUGCUUCUAUAAUGAACGCAGUUGCUUGUUGUGGAUUACAGUUGUAUAAUUUUGGAGAAACUGUUUCUAUCGUAUUUUGGCAAGAUUCUUGGAAACCCGUCAGUUUUUAUGAUAAAAUUGCUUCGAAUCGAAAGAAUGGCCUUCAUACAUUGUGUCUUCUUGAUAUUAAAGUCAAGGAACGGUCAAUUGAAAACAUGAUGAGAGGAAGAAAGAUUUACGAGCCUUCGCGAUUUAUGACUGUAGAACAAGCUGCUGAUCAACUUUUACAAAUUUUAAAGAUGAAAGAUUUUUCUGAUGAAAAACCCGUUUAUGAAGAAGAUACUCUUUGUGUUGCAUUGUCUCGUAUUGGCUGUGACGAUCAGAAAAUUGUUUGUUCUACAUUAAAAGCCAUAAAACAGAUUGAUAUUGGGUCGCCUCUUCAUUCACUUGUCAUUCCAGAAACCUUUUGAUCAUCCUGAGAGAUUCAACCAGUGUUAUAAAUGUGAAGUUUGGAAAUGAUCUCCAACUAUAUAUACAUGUUCCUAUGAUGACAGCUGAAACAAAAGUUUUUAUGUUUUCCUGCUUGUGUUUAGCGUGUGCAAAUACAAGCGAUGAAAUAUUGCACCCACUAAAGCAGGACACUUGGAGAAUACAUCACAUUUGACAAGCAUUAUGUAAAAUUGUUGUAAUAAAUGUCAAGUGUGCACUGUAUUAGAAAAUAAAAUAAUUUUUUACCAAAUUUGAACUUCAAGUUCGAAAUACUAGUCUUGUACGUUUUACUAGUAAAUUUGUAAAGUCAUUGUAGACUUUAACAGCCAUAAAUGUAUCAUUCAAUUGCAAUUUUGUAACUAUCCAGCAAUCGACAUUUAUUGUAUUUUAUUCCUACUUGAUAUUUUUUACAAACUUUAAAGUAUGUCUGACGAGAACUGUAUGGAUGUAUACUGAAUACAACUUAGAAUUUCUUUAUGUCGUACGUCUCGAAUGGCUUGUAUCACCUGUUUUUAACGUGGUUAAAAUUGAGAAAUACAGUUAAAUUGAAAAUACA